AUGAGGUGGGAGCUUCCCUUUGAUUUAAUGGUGGAAAUACUCGCUAGGGUUCCUGUUAAGGACUUAGCACGGUUUAGAUGUGUCUGCAAGAGUUGGUUGUCCUUGUUCCAAGACGAGAGAUUUAUUAAACAGCACAUGAGUCAUGCCCCAACGAGGAUCAUGUCUUUCCGUGGCUGGCAAACUCAACCCUGCCACUUUUCUUUUGAAACUAGUACUACUACUGGCAAGCAGCCGCCAGAGAUGAUAGUCCAAGAGGUUGUUAAGUUGAACAUUGGAGAUGAAGUCUUGCUCCGCAGUUCUGGUUUGAUUGGUCACUGCCAUGGACUCUUUUGCUUAGAUCUUGAAGAUAAUACUUUUGGUAUUUGGAACCCGGCUUUGAGAGAUUUUAGAAGAAUACAAACAAGGCAUCUCAAUAACUGGGCUGAGAUGGGUUUUGGGUAUGACCACUCUACUCAAGAUUAUAAGCUUGUCUUGGUUCCCAAUAUGAAAGAAGGCAGCUGCUCUCAAGCACAAGUGUUAUCCUUGAAGUCGGGUGUGUCUCGGUUGAUUGAUUUCCCGUCUUUAGAAAACUUUUCCAUGUGCCACAUGAGACUACCUGGAACCCUUAUGGGUCAAAACAUCUACUGGCAGGUCUAUGAUCGUGAUCGUAAGGUAGCCUUGACUGAAACGAUUUUGUGCUUUGAUUUGGUGUCAGAGUCAUUCAGCUACUGCCCAGGUCCAAGUACUUGUGGUCAAGGAUUUCCUCAUGCUGUUGUGGGAUUGACAGGAGGUCUAUGUACUGUUGGGGUUGACUUGUCUUGUGGUGAUCUCAUUGUUUGGUCUGCCCAACAUGAAAAGGAGGAGAACACUAGUAUUAUCAAAUCUUGGAACAAGAUCCUCAGUCUCUCAAGGGGCAUUGUUGUAAGCUCAGUUGCUCAUCAAAUCACUAAGUGCUGGCUAGUGUCUGCGGUAAACUAUGCGGGAUUGCUAUUGUUUUUAGUAAAUAUUGGAAGAGAAGCAAAGUUGCUUGCAUACAACUUUGAGGACAAAAGUUUGAGAAUUGUUCAGACUAGUUUGUCACUCGAUAGGUAUGGACCUCUUCAGACGUAUGUUGAAACACUUGUCCCUAUUCCUGGCGCUUCUUUAUAG